AGAUUGGUGCUGAGCCAAAUGGCAAUCUCUACGUGAAAGUGGUGCAGCAGGGGGGAAGACCUUCCCCUGCCGCGUGCCCCCGCUCCGUCUCCGAGGCCCAGGCUGGAUGUAAACGCAAGGGCUUGGAAGAAGGGAGCCCAACCGCAGUGCAGCUGCCUGCCAAAAAGAGAGCGAGGGGUCAGAGCGGAGACGGCGUGCCGGCUCCAGCAGCACAGCCUGGGCCUGCCGCAGCGCGGAGCUCCAAGCGAAGAGCAAGAAGACAGCGACGAAAAGAGAGGGGCAUGGAACUGAAGAAGGCCUCUCUGAGAGCUGCUGCUGCACGUGCAGAGUCCUCCGCAAUGAGCAGCCUUGUGGAGAUGAUGCAGGAGCUGCAGCUGAAGGACUGAGAGGAAGAGGAGGCAGCGGCUGCAGUGCGCGGCGUCGCAGGGCAGCGUUCCGAGUGCCGCCCAACUCGGCGCCCCACCUUUGGCUGCAGUCAAUAAAAACCAGUCCCAAUCCGAGAUUGACAAGGAGCGCACGGCCCGAUUUGUCCAGCGGCAUUCCGUGAGCUGCUGCACUUCUACUGGUCCGGAGUAGAAACUGCAGCUUCGGCCCACCGAGCUGCCAGCCUGGCACUGCUCCGGUUGGAGGCAGUGCUCCAAGUGCUCCUGCUGUUGCUGACACCUGACCUUGCCCAGGGAGGACCUGGCCACUGCACUCUGCUCCACCCCUGUGCCACACACAC